AGGAAAAAACUCCAGAAGGAUUUCUGUUCUCCAGCCGCGAGAGACUCAUGCAGAGCCGCAGCUAGUCUUCUUCUUCAUCCCGAGCGCAGGAGAUCUUCCCCUUCACAACCGGCGCGAGUCUUCCCCAGCGUGACACACGUCUGCAACGAGUCUUCUUCCACAGCCGGCGAGAGUCUUCAGCGCACGCGAGGGACUUGCAGCCGAGAGAGAUCCUUCACCUGCGCGCGAGAGAAGGAGCAGGCAGGAGGAGGGGCGUCGUAGGGUAUCUCCAGCCUCCAGCGGAGGUGCACGCUCAGAUAGAGGGGAGUUUGAAACAUUUGUCGGUUAUUCUCUAAAUUUUGGGUUUGCCAGUAUGGUGAUUAUCUUUGAAGAGAAUCAAUAGAAAAAAUUGGCUCACUGUUGAAGUUGAUGAUCAAUGGAUCAAGAACAGCACUUUGCAAUAUUUACCACAGCAAGCCUUCCAUGGAUGACUGGAACUGCUGUUAACCCCUUGUUCCGGGCUGCUUAUCUUGCAAAAGAUGGGGAUAAAAGGGUUACAUUGGUGAUUCCUUGGUUAUCCUCGAAAGACCAAGCACUUGUUUACCCUGAAAACAUCAUAUUUGACUCACCUUCAGAGCAAGAGGCAUAUGUUCGUAAGUGGCUUGAGGAAAGGACUGGAUUUACAUCUGAUUUUGGUAUACAUUUUUAUCCAGGAAAGUUUUCUACCGAUAAAAGGAGCAUUCUUGCUUCUGGGGAUAUUACAGAAGUCAUCUCUGAUAAAGAAGCAGAUAUUGCCAUCCUUGAGGAACCUGAGCAUCUUACAUGGUAUCAUCAUGGGAAGAGAUGGAAAACAAAAUUCCGCUUGGUUAUAGGAGUUGUUCACACCAACUAUUUAGAAUAUGUGAGAAGAGAAAAGAAUGGAAAGAUGCUGGCAUUUUUUCUGAAAUACAUAAAUAAUUGGGUUGUUAGCAUCUAUUGUCACAAGGUGAUAAGAUUAUCUGCUGCCACCCAGGAUCUUCCAAGAUCUGCGAUUUGCAAUGUUCAUGGAGUUAAUCCAAAGUUCCUUGAGAUUGGGAAGAGAAGAAAAGAAGAGCAGCCAGACAAAAGCCAGACCUUCACCAAAGGUGCAUAUUACAUUGGGAAGAUGGUGUGGAGCAAGGGGUACAAGGAGCUCUUGCAACUUCUCUCUAAGCAUCAAAAAGAACUAACCGGACUUGAGGUUGAUCUUUAUGGUAAUGGCGAGGACUCUGAUCAAGUAAAAGAAGCUGCCUCAAAAUUGGAACUAGCUGUUUCUGUUUACCCAGGGCGGGAUCAUGCUGAUCCUUUGUUUCAUGACUAUAAAGUGUUUUUGAAUCCAAGCACCUCAGAUGUGGUCUGCACAACUACUGCAGAAGCAUUGGCUAUGGGCAAAAUUGUAAUAUGUGCCGAUCAUCCCUCAAAUGACUUCUUCAAGCAGUUUUCAAAUUGUCGAACAUACAAGGACAGUGAUGAGUUUGUCGAAACAACAUGCAAGGCACUGACCGAAGAGCCUGCCUUGCUGAGUGAUGCAGAAAUAUAUCAGUUGUCAUGGGAAGCUGCCACAGAACGGUUUUUGAAGGCUGCUGACCUGGAGCAGGCCCCAGCAAAGGAACUAAAGAAAACUCCUUCAAAGAAUCUCAUGUCUCUUUCUUUCAACAUGGGGAGGACAGUGGAGGAUGCUUCAGCGCACUUGCAUUUCAUGGCUUCUGGGCUUGAAGCAUCCCGGAGGGCAUUUGGUGCCAUUCCAGGAAGCUUGCAGCCAGAUGAACAGCAAUGCAAGGAGCUUGGGUUGGCCUCUCCUGCAGGGAAACGGAGCUCAAGGAAAUGAUUAGAAAGAUGCAUUAUUUUUUGGGUGCAAAUUAGUAUGAUCAAUCAGAUAACACAUUAAUUCUGAGGAGACCAAACCAAAGAUCAAUCACCCCUUCUGAAAUUUCUCUUCGGUGCUACAUUAGGAAUUGUAUAUGAAAAUGAAGAUGUCCGUAGCUGUCGCUGGUCAUUUGAAUCUUUUUCCACUUUUGGGCUCUCUGCCACCGUGUGGAGGAAGGGGGUUGUCAUAUACCUUGCUUUUUUUCUUUAUAUCUUUUUUUUUUCUCUUUCUUUUUUUGGGAGAAAUAUUGAUAGUUGCUUGUGGUCAUUAAAAUGAACUUGAACUCACCAUGUACAGAAAAUUCUGUUUGCUUAUUGCAGCUUUUUGAAUUUGUGAAUCCCACUAUAGGAGCAAAUAAUAUUUGGGAAGAUUCAUUUGUAUCC